CCUCUCUCACCUUACUCUUCAUCACCCUCCCUCCUUCCCUCUUCUUGCCUCUCACACACUCACUCCAUCUGCUUCACGAACAUGAGCCGGCUGCUUCUCUCGCCUCUCCAACGUCUUUGAGCGGUUCUGACAUAUGCGCUCCCUCCCUGCUUCUCUGCCUCUGUCUCUCGUUUUUCUGUCUGCUUUUCAACCGAUCCCAUACCUCUCCAUAUACCUCUCGUCCCCCUCCUCUCCACUACCCCCCCCCCCCCCCCCCUCCAGGUCAGGAAGAGGAGCGGUAGCAGGGAGCACCAUCGAAGAACACUGACAAUAACAGGAAGAGGAAGUGGGCAGUGACCUGUGUGAGAGAAAGAGGACUGUGGUCAGACAGCUGGGGUUCAACAUUGUGCUUUGCUACUGGGAGGGAAAACCACAUCAAAUACGGAGGGACAAAAAAAGAGCAGGAGACACUUGAAAACCUGUUGGACUCCUGGGCUGGAACCUUGAUACCCUGGGAAGAAAAUGCAAGACCAUUAAUCAAACUUUAAAACUGGAGCCACUGGAGUUUGUUUUUGUGAGAAGAGACACUAAAUUGGCUGCGCUGUAGGAGAUUGUUUCGACUUUCGGAAAAUCUAACUCUGGGAUACGUUUUCCUUCAAGAGGCAUCCACCUAUACUCCAUCAUCACUGACUUAUCUUAUUAUCUUCUCCACAGUCCAGAAACAGGAUUUGUACAGAAAACUGGUUUUGAAAAAGAAAACAAGCCGAGGGAGACAGAAAUCCCUGCCUGUACAACAACACCUGCUGCUCUCUUUCAACAUCAGAAAGCGCCCACAGUCAAAAAGAAAAGAAGCGAGAGCGCGGAAGAGACAGAGUUGAAUCAGGAGGCGGUUAUACUCCCUGUUGAGCGCACGACCACCUACCAGCCUCUAAUUUCUACCACAACCUGCCACAUUAAUAAAGAAUAAACCCAGUGGGUGGGAAGGGAGGCACGUUUAAGGAUUUCAGUUUGUGUGAAUACAGAGGUCUGAACACUUCUGCUUGAAUUGCAGCAUCAGUCUGUACGACAGAUGAUGGCUUGGCUUCAACUCUGUGCCAUGAUGGGGCUUAUGGCCUCUGUGGUCUCGUCUAUCUCUCUCGCCGUGGCUGAAGAUUUUGGCAUUCCUGUAGUGGAAGGCAAGAAGCGGUCAAGCUCCGUGGGGAUUGUGAAGAAGGAGACCCAUCCUGUCCUGUUCAGACAGAAGAGAGACUGGAUCUGGAACUCUCUCUAUGUUGAGGAGGAGAAACCUGCACCCAUUGCCUACAAGAUAGGACAGCUGAAGUCGAGUCAGAGAGUGGAAGUGAAGAGCUUUAAAAUUGACGGUGAAGGAGCAAACACCAUCUUCACUGUAGAUCAAAAAGGAGACCUGUUCGUCACCAGAUCUCUGGACAGAGAGGAGAAGAGCUUGUACCAUUUGACUGCCAAGAUGUUCGACGGGAACAACAAGUUGAUAGAAGAUUCUGGAGAGUUUGUUGUACAGGUGACAGACAUCAAUGACAACACCCCUGUAUUCCCCAGAACGUAUAACGGAUCCAUAAUGGAGAGGUCCACCAUAGGAACUAAAGUAGUUGAAGUGAGGGCGACUGAUGCCGAUGACCCCACCACGGCUAACGGAGAGCUCAGGUACUCUUUGACCCACGACCUCUCUGCCUUCCAAAUUGACAGCAUCACAGGUGUGAUCAGCUGCAAGAUAAACUCUCUGGACCGGGAGACCAAGAGUCAGUACGUGGUAGUGGUUAAAGCUCAGGACAUGAGAGGAAUGAAAUCUGGCAGUACAGCCACCACCUCUGUCACCAUCACCAUCACUGACACCAACGACAACAUCGCUUCUUUCACCCGAAAGGUUUACGACCUGCAGGUUCCAGAGGAUCACAAGUUAAACGAGAAGAUCGGCACUCUGGAGCUGGAGGACAGGGAUCAAAUUCAGAACAAAGAACCUAUUUUCAUCAUUCCCAAUGACAACAACAAAGUGUUUGUCAUAGAUCUCAGCCCCAACAAGGACGGCAACCUCAUGCUCAAACAGGCCCUGGAUUAUGAGACAACAAACAGCUACACUUUCACAGUCCAGGUGCGAGAAAACCUCAAAAACCUGCGUUUUCCUGCGGACAACGUGAACAGUGCUGUCACCACAGCCCAGGUGAACGUCAGGGUGCUGGAUGUAGACGAGCCGCCAGUGUUCUCGCUGCCCAUCUACACGUUCACAGUGCUGGAAGAGCGGAUUGUGAACAACAUAGGAACAGUCACAGCCAGAGAUCCUGACAGAGCUAGCAAGAGUAUAAGGUACUCCAUCUUGGACAAGGACUGUCCGAUCAGUAUCAACCCACUCACAGGUCAGCUGUCCACCCUGAGGAUGCUGGACAGAGAACUGGAGGCCACACACAUGUUUCAAGUUAGAGCGCAGGAGGAGCCGAGCGGUUUGGAGUCAUUUGUGAAAGUUAACAUUAUAGUUCAGGAUGUGAAUGACAAUAAGCCGGAGCUGGCUGUGGAUGAGAUCUUCGUAUGUGAGAACGACUUCACAAAUAUGGUGAUAGGAACAUUGAGAGCCACAGAUAAAGACGACCAGCCAGCCUCCUUCAGCUUCAGCCUGGCCACUGAGAGCUCCAACUUCACGAUCAAAGACUACAGCAACGGCACAGCAGACAUCAUGGUGAAACAGGGGCCAUUCAGCCUGGAUGACCCCAAGGAUUACAGCGUGGAUGUGCGCAUCAGUGACGGUGGACGACCCGUUCAGACCAGCAUCACAAAACUGGCAAUCAAGUCGUGCAAAUGUGAUGCCAGGCGGGUUCCCACUCAGUGCAAAGCUGGUGCUCGGAGGAUGGGAGUGAGCGUUCAUGCCCUCAUUGCAAUUCUGCUCUGCAUACUGACCAUACUUGUCAUAGUGAUCCUGUUCGUAAUGAGGAAACGCUACCAGAAGGAUUCUCUGGCCAGUAUGAAGAACAGUGGGGAGAUUCACGAGCAGCUCGUCACAUACGAUGAGGAGGGAGGAGGAGAGAUGGACACUAAUGGCUAUGAUGUCUCAAUCCUCUCUUCUGCUUGCAAUGAUGGCUCUUUGCUCCGCCACCCCGACCGCCACCCUCACCCCUCCCUCUACGCGAUGGUCCAGAAAGCCCCCCACCACCUCCCACAACCCACGGCGUGUAAGGGGGACAUGGCCGCCAUGAUCGAGGUCAAGAAAGACGAAGCGGAUCAUGACAGAGACGGAUUCCCUUUUGACACUCUGCACAUCUACGGCUACGAGGGGCCUGAGUCUCUAGCCGGGAGCCUCAGCUCUCUGGAAAGUUCCUCCACUGGCUCAAACGUGGAUUAUGAUUUCCUUAGCGAAUGGGGGCCGAGGUUCAGGACCCUGGCUGAGCUGUAUGGCGUGGAUGGAACUGAGUACUACCAUCAAUACUGAUGGAGACUGUCUAUUAACGAGCACAUGUGAUGCCAAAAUACACACGCAUACACAGAUCAAAAACAGCCAUAGAAAUACACCCACUUAAAGCCAAACGCAUGCAGAAAAUAUACACACAAACCAGGCGUUUAGGCUUUCCAUUUUGUUUCUGGAAAAGGAGCUGACAACCAUUUUCUCUAAAGACUUCUCUAGCUUCUGAAAAAAAGGAAUCAGGGCGCCCUGCUUCAAUAGUAAAAAAAAACAACUAAGUUUUGUUAUCGUGUGUAAUUCUUUGUGUCCUAUGUUUUUAUCGAUUCCUCCUCACACUCACCAUCGUUAAACUCCAGGAAGAAGAUUCAAUUUCUUUUGGUGCCCUUCCCCUUCCGAUGAAAUUUUGGAAUUAUUUUAGAGUAACACCAGGACAGGACACCAGAGAAGGAAGUGAUCAUUAACCACAUCGAAACAUGUGGAAGAAGAAUGAGUUUUAAUGAGAGUAUGGGAUCCACCCGUUGGGAGGCCUUUUAUCCCUUCACAGGAAGCAUUGUGUAAUGUUUGCUGAAUUCAUUCUACAUGAGAAAACUUAAACUUCCAAUCAGAUGAAACUCUACUGGAACUGCAGCUAAUCAUAUUUUACUCUGUUAUUAUUAAAUAUUAUUGGCUUAUGAGGUCACCGCUGGUCAAACAUGUAACUCAGUUAUUUCAUUGCUUUAUGUUGUACUGCUUUUAUUUCAUGUGGCCCUAUUUUGCAUCCCCCUUUAACAAAUCUGGGAUUGUAUUGAAGGUAAAAGUUUGUAUCGUUUCUCUUUUAAAGAUAUCUUUACGUGCACCAAUAUCAAUUUGCAUCUGCACCUAUCAGCUAUACAUGUUUGUAAGUUCAUGACCGUGCAACUUGGAAGACCUAACAUGGACUCAAAGCGACAAUGACAGUGCUAAAUAACUAUGCAUAAUCAUAUAGCAUGGCUAGUAUUUCAAAACAUCACUAAGUCAUUUAGGAGUUGGUUCAUUUAAAUAGUCAGACUAAUAUUACAAUUUUAACAGAAUUAUUUUUAUUUCUCUUUCCAUUCUCCUGGGGAUGCAAAAUGUAGCGCUUCAAAUCAAAUCCUUUUUUAAUUUGAGCUUUUUAUCAUCGUAUUCUGUCUUAUUCUUCUCUUUGGUAUUGGAGGCUUGUAAUCUAUUUGAAUUCUGAUGUUUUUUGAUAUUCGACAAAAAGGGCACUAUCAAAGCAAGAACGAGGAAAGAGCGAAUCAAUUUCUAGAUCUGAAGUAGAUGAAAAAUUGAGAAGUCAAAUUGAGUUUAAACUCAAGGACGUAUGACCAGAAAUGCAAAAAAUGAAAGUUGAACCCUGGAAAACUCAUCAGUCUGUCUUGUGCAUUAUUUUGUGAUACGCUCUCGCUGGGUUUUUUGACAAGCUUUGUAUGUUUAGCUGUAUUGAUGUUUGCAACAAUUCUUUACACAUUCAAAAAGAAACAAGUUCAGAUAAGGUCCAUCAAAAGUUUCUGAUGUUUGGCACUAGGGGAGUUUUUUUUCUCGAGGUAACCCUGAAAUGAACAAGGAGUCUUUUCCUAAGUGAGGCAUUUGUCAAUUUUCUUGGCGGUCUUGUGCUCUGUUGAGAGAGAAAAAAAAGACAACAGACUGAUGGAGGGAAGGACUAAAAGGAAAUGGCACUACUGAUGCUCAGACAGAAUUACAGCGUGUUCCCAGGGUUUAUUUGACAGGAACCAUCAUCACAGUUAUUGUUGAGAUGAAAGCUCAAUUCUCAGAGGCCUACUAGAACAAAAGUCAUUCAGACAGCUGCGGAAACACUGAGUGGCAAAGGCAGCUCGUCGGGCAGUUGUGAUGGCUCUGAGGUGGCUUGAAUAAGUUUAACCUUUCAUCCUUUUUGGCUACUGUCAGCACAAAAACUCUACGAUCCAAUAUGUUGACAGUCUUCAGAAGAUCUGAUGCAUUUUUACAAAAAAUAACAACACUGUAUUGAAGAAUUGAGGCUUGAAGUUUUUGAGUGACCUGGGCUGUUUUCAAAACCGCCUUCUACAUACUACCUUUUGAGUAGUAGUAAUAGUAGUAUGCAGUAUGACUGUAUGUCCGGGGUUAAUUUGCAGUAUGCCAGGCAUGGCUAAACUGGUUUCCUGUUCUGGAAUGCAGAAAUAAACAACAGCCAAGCUGACGGCAAACCUUGCUCAAGUGUAGCAUCGACUUACAGUCUGAAAAAGUUAUUCAUUUCCAUUUUUAUGAUUUUGAGAAUCAAAACAGAUAAUAGGCAGCAUCAUUGUGUGGUUUGGUCUGAUUGGGAUUAUUUCCCCUGUAACGAUAGCCAUUGCUGUCAUGAGACAGUACGAAAGGAAUACUUUUUCCGAAUCAGUACGACAUUGGAAUAUUUUUUGGCAGAUCUCGCAUUUGUUCGCAUACUGCAUACUGCAUACUGCAUUUUGGCCAAAUCAGUUAUGUACUACUAGCAUUGUAGGUGGUUUUGCCUUGGACCUACUUUCCAUGACCUUUUCAACCUUGGCCAUCUGGUAGAAGGCUUAAGACCUCUUGAAUUAAAAGUUUGAGCCGACACUUCUGUAGCAUUUAAACAAUCAAUUCAGACAUAAUGGCUAAGUGGUGGACUAUUGCAGAAAGAAACAUUUAUGAAAGCUCAUAGAGUUAAGGUCACUUAUUGUUGUAAGUGACACCUUAUAAAUCAGUGUAUGUCACUGUAAAGUGCAGCCCUUUCUCUAUAAGCAAGCUUUGUUGCCAUUGUGAUCUUUAAAUACAUGGUUGAGUCCUGCUUAAUUCUGAUGAAGACACUGCCACGUGUCUUUUAGACAGUCCCAUUGUUUUUUUAAAUGUAAAUCCUUCUAGUUUAGAGAAUGAAGUUUAUUUACUCUGCUGUUUUAUUCUGUUUUGUUUGGACUUGAACUUGUUUCUUUAAAACCCGGCCUCUGUGGAAUGCCAUUUGAUAAACGCUGGACACAAUAGCUGGAAGCCCUCUGAAUGCCUUCCUGUAGGGUUCAUAUAUAUACUUAGAGUAACAAGCUCCUCCACCUCACUCUCAUUCCGCAUCUCCUGAGCUCCUUGUUUGCUUGACCAUAUCUCUCUCUCUCUUCGUUCUCUAAUCAGCUAAACCAAACACUGCAAUCCACUUCCUGUCCAUCUGGGAGGUUUGUUCCCGCCCCUUCCUGUCUGUGUUAUCUCGAAGAGGGCUAACACAUUGUGCUCGCUUCCCGUUAGCCCGGCCUGGGAAACAAUCUUAAAGAGGAAAAGGGAGCGGGGCAAGUUGAAACACUGAAUGAGCUUGGGGGUAACAAGAAAGAAAGAAGAAGAGAACAAUGUAGGGCAGUGAUGAGUUUUCCAGCUGGGCAGAAACACUUCAGAGCAAAGAUGUUCAGGAUGAAACGAUGACACACAUCCAGGUGGUGUUAACAUCCUGUUAGCCUGGCAUCUUCAAGAAGCAGAAAUGACCCACAGUUUAAUUUUUAGAUUUAAAAAAUUGAAAUCCUCACUUUGGUGGUGACCCGUGAUUAUUGCCUCUUAUGCUAUCAUUUUUAUUUUAUCGUUGUGAUGGUUGCACUGAAAAUGUAAUUUUUAAUUAAAACUUGACUUUUGUUUUUAAAGAAAAAAAAAAGACAACUAUAAAAAUUAUGUUGAGUCUUGAGAAAGCUCAUGGGACUAGUGAACACACUUUCGAAUCUUAUCAUAGAUCAGUAUGAUUCUUAACCAUUUGUGUGAGCAACUUGUGAAACGUGUUGAUCAAAAAUGGACACUCCUCGUUAUGAUUUGAGCUACAACAAAUUAAUUAAUUAAUUGAUUAAAACUUUCAUGUUGUUAAUGAGGUAUAGAAGCCAGCAGCCUGUAGCAGAUAGAGACGCUCCAAUAUAUAUUCUCCAAACAGCAAUAAGUGUUGUGUUUACUUACAGUACAGAGAGGAAAAUUUGGGAUGUUUACGGAGGUAAUAGGGUCAUUUGCCAACAUUUUUAGCUGCUAGGGCUGGCAGUUAUUUCCACCUGUUGAGUUCAGUUGUAAAACUCAUUAGGGAAUAAUAAAAAAAAAAACAUACAGUAUAUAUAUCCGAACAAGCAAUGAAAAUUAUUUUUCAACCAAUAAAUGUGCAAAAACAAUAUGAAGAUCAUGACUAAUUUUACUAGCAAAGAAAAACAACAUUAAGAACACAAUGAUGUCUGGCUGCCAUGUUCAUUCACUUAUUACUAGUCCGACAUUGAGUUAUUUGCUUCUCUACAGUGACUUUAAUAUGCACAUUAUGACAUUACAUUUGAUUUCUGUUUUAUCUCUGCAUAUCUGUUCAUCGGCUAAUUCAGUAUAUAACGUUGAAAUUGUUUUUGAGUUAUUUUAAAUCCUUAAAAGUGCCAAAUUUUUGUUUUUUUACUAUAAAGGUUAUCAGUGGCUGUGUGAGUGCAUUGUCUCCUUUCAUCAAAAAGGGAAUCAUUUUGGAUCCAGACAGUGAAAAAAUACCUCUCAGGUUGGGAUCCAAGCACAAAUUAAGUGUUAAACUUUAUGUGAAGAAACAUCUGCCCCUAAUUUUUCAAUGUCACAGCCUCACAAUUCAGACCUUUAACCGAUACAUUUGUAUGCUCAUUCCUGUAACCUUUUAUUUAAGGAGUCUACUUUGAGGGACAUGUAUAUAGAAAGAAUGUGCCUAAAAACGUUUUCUUGCCUCACCUUCUUUAUGUUUUGCCUCAAUCUCUGUAUUUAGAAGAUGUUAAAGUUGACACAAUCUCUUUUUUUAUUGCUGUAAAGAGUCACAAUAGGUUCAAUAGGUUUUCUCCAAGUGGCAAAGAUGAAUCUUGGAUGCAUGAGUGACAGUCCGAGUGAAUAUGUGAUUUUCUGUUUUUAGUCACGUGUGUGUCAGUGUGUGUGCUUGUGAUUGUACCCAUGUGCUGUACAUACAAACAAAUGGGUGUCAAACCAAUAAAACUAGCAACAAGGUAGAAAUACACUUUUUUCUCUUGUGUAAAUACAGGAAGGCUCUUGACUGGAGCAAAAUGUGCCUUUAUUCUUUAGAAAAAUAAGAACUACUGUAAUUCAAUUUUUUUCUGAUGGCAAACACUAUGUUUUCUAUAUUGUUUUUAUGGUGUAUAGCAUCUACUUUUUAUUACCUGAAAUUUUUUGUAAGUGUAGAAUAAAAAAUAAACACUGAA